AUGGCUUCUCUCUUGCCGGGGAAACGCAAGUCGCCCGAGCCUGAACGCGGCUCCCACAAUGACGAUCCGGCUGCAACGCCUACAGGCAGCCCUGCCAGGAAGAAAUUGAAGAUCACUCGGAGCCAGAAGCAGGCUCUCAUUGACAACCUACAAUUGGAGAUUACGGAACGGGCUCGCAAACUGCGUGCACAAUACGCUCUCCAGGCACAGGACCUUCGAGCGCGGAUUGAACGGCGCGUGAACCGUGUUCCUGUUGCUCUGCGGAAGGUCACCAUGGGUGAAUUGUUGGAGAAGUACGCUGCCACGGCACGACCGGAGGAGGCAGCAGAACCCAUGAAGAAACCGGCCCUUCCUCCGAAGGCUGCCAAGAGUGCUGCUCCCACCACGAUAUCUAGGGAUGUGGAAGGUCAAAGCGCGUCUGCUGCAGCUCCUACAGCGGUCAAGGCACAAUCCCGUCGUGUCAAGCGCGCCAGUGAUGAUGGCCUGUUUUCAGACAAGGAGAACGCUCCAGUACCUGCAGAUGUCCAUAUUCCGCUCGAUAACCCGAAGAAACGGGGUAAUCCGAACGUUGCCGCUGGUCAAUCGCGUGCUGUGUCUCAGGUCCUCCGUGGCGCUGAGGCCAAGAUUCUCUCUCCAAAGUCUUCCAACUCGCGAACCUAUCAUCAAUCUCCGCUGAUUACUUCGCCGAGUAAACCACAGCAACCAGCGUCAUACUUGUCCCGGCCAGCAUCACCCCUGAAGCCUUCCAGCCCAUUGAAGGCUAUGAUCGAGAGUGCUAGAGCGCGAACCACAAAGGAUAUGGCAUCGGAAGCCAAGAAAGCAUCUCCGGUUGCGACGACGAAGAAAGCGAAAGCAACAUCCCAGACUAAGAAGACUACAGCCAAGACAACCACGAAGCCAACAGCUGCAAGUGCCAAAUCCCCAGCGCGGCCAGCAACACGUCAGCAAGAUCGAACUACCAGCACGAGCACCAUAUCGUCUAAUAUUUCUUCGGGAACAACGAUCGUCAAGUCGACACGAGCUGGCGCUGCUGCGAAGCGGACUGGAGCCGCAACUCCGGCCUCCACAACAGCCAAGAAAACCACAGUGGCACGAAGCCAAGGCCCAACCGCUGCUGCGACUGCCAAAAAGACAGCCGCUGCUGGGAGGAAAGUUGCCGCUGGUGGCGAUCCACCUUCAGCGAGUGGAAGGGGCGAGGCACUCUCAAGGCUGUUCGAUAUUGAUAUUAUUAGGGCGUUUGUUCGACUUGGAAAAGUUUGGGCUGUUUUGAGUGAGGAGAGGAUAGAGGCGUCGUCGCAGCGCAUUGCGUCGCAUUGUUUUGGGCAUAUAACCUUGAAAGAGGAGUGUAUUAGUAUGGUAUCCGGCGUUUCGGGUUCGGGUUUGGGUUUGGUUUUUUGCUUGUUUUCUUGCCACAGAUCCAUCCAGAUCAGACUAUAG